AUGGGCCUACGUGACCUCAUCAAGAAGAAGGGCGGCGGGGACGAAGACAGCGACGACGACACGCUGCAGAUGUACCGACAACAACAACAACAACAACAACAGCAGCAGCAGCAGCAGAAGCCAAAGUCGCUAGCGCCUCCCGAGUUUACGUUUAUCCGGUCAGACACGCACACCGAAGAGGUGAUCCACCCGCCGGCCGGACUGUCGGGCGACGAGGACGAAGGCGAGGGUGCGGAUGGGAUGCGUGACGACGACGGCAGCAGCAAUGUCCGCGGCGAUGGGCAGCACCUGCAGGCGGCGGACGGCGGGCGGGUAUCGCGGGCCCGUCGCAGCCUGGACGUGUUCCGGUCGUCGCGGGGGCGCAGCGCAUCGCCGCUAUCGCCGACGUCUCCAUCGUCGCCGAUGUCGCCGUCCUCACCAUCGCUGCCACGGCCAUCCUCGUCGGCACACCGGUUGUCGCGACGGCUGCACCUGAGCCGGACACCGGUGACGAGCAGCCACGUGCCGGUAGAUCUGCCGGACAUUGUGCGCGAGGCCGAACCCGAGACGCAGUGGGAGAAGCGGGCGACGAUGCUGGCGCUGGGGAACGAGGGCGGCGCUGAGCGAGGUCGCAGUCGGAGCCGGAGCCGGAGUCGAACCCAGGAUCAGGACCGCAGUCGAACCCAUGAUCGGAGCCGCAGCCGCAACUUGACGGAUGACCUCCCCCCCAACACGACGACCUCUUCCGAUGUCACCACCACCCCCAUCACCUCUUCCGAGACGGACGCGUCCAUCCAGGAAGCCAUCCGGCUCCACGAGGCCGGCCAGCUGGCCGAGUCGACGCGCAUGUUUGGCGAGCUCGCCGAUCGCCGCGGCACCAACAACCCGCUCAGCCAGGUGCUCUACGGACUCGCCUUGCGCCAUGGCUGGGGCUGCACGCCCGACACCGAGGCCGCCGUGCGCUACCUCUCGGCUGCGGCAUCGAACGCGGCCACCGUCGAGAGCCUCGCGCUCGAGGCCGGACUGCAAAAGGGUGGCGCCGCCAAGGGCGAGCUGGUCCUGGCCAUCUUUGAGCUGGCCAACUGCUUCCGGCACGGCUGGGGAAUCGAGAAGGACCCGAUCGCGGCCAAGCAGUACUACGAAACCGCUGCCAAUCUCGGCGACACUGGCAAGUCUCCUCCUACCCUCACAUGA